UUUUUCUUCUUAAUUUUGAGUUUUAUCAUAUGACGGAAGUUAAGCAGGAGACAAAGCAUUUUGAAAAGCAAGAUAUUUCCGAAAUUGAUGAUGUCGAACACUCUAUUGAAAGUGAAAUAUCAGGUUUCAUAGCGCCUACAGCUGCUGAAGAAAAGGCUGUUAUGUGGAAAUUGGAUCGUCGUAUCAUCCCUUUCCUUGGUCUUUUGUAUCUUUGUUCUUUCUUGGAUCGUGUUAAUAUCGGCAAUGCUAAGUUGGCUGGUAUAACCAAAGAUCUUAGUAUCAGUUCUGGUGACUAUAAUAUUGCUUUGUCUCUUUUCUUUGUUGGAUAUGUCCUUUUCGAAGUUCCAUCCAACAUGAUCUUAAAGUUUAUUGGCCCUAGUAAAUGGAUUCCAAUUGUUAUGAUUGCAUGGGGAACUGUUAUGGCUGCCAUGGCCGCAUGUACCAACACUGCUGGGCUUUUAGCAGCACGAUUUUUCUUGGGGCUUACCGAAGCCGGUUUAUUCCCAGGUGUCAUUUUCUAUCUCACAUUGUGGUAUAAAAGAGGCGAACAAGCAACUCGUGUAGCCUUUUUUUUCUCAUGUUCAACCUUGGCUGGUGCCUUUGGUGGUGUUUUGGCUUACGGUAUCAUGCAAAUGGAAGGUGUUCGAGGUCUUCAUGGUUGGCAAUGGAUUUUUAUUCUUGAAUCUAUUCCUACUCUUUUUUUUGCCUUUGUUUCUUACUUUUACCUUCCAGAUUUUCCUGAAAACUCUAAGUUUAUUAAUGAUCGCGAGCGUGAUAUUGUCAUCCAUCGUCUCAGAGAAGAUGCAGGCCCAUCCGUUGAGACUCACUUUUCUUGGAAGCAGUUUCGUGCAGCCUUCACUGAUUACAGAGUUUACGUUCAUGCCUUGAUUUAUAUCUGUGGUGCCACUCCCCUUUAUAGUUUAAGUUUAUUCUUACCCAGCAUUAUUUCAGAAAUGGGUUUCACCAGUCUUACUGCGCAAGUCAUGUCAGCUCCCCCUUAUGCUAUUGCUUGUGUAUUUACUAUCGUUGUUGCCAUGCAUGCAGAUAAAAAGAGAGAACGUGGUUUGCAUGUUGCAUUACCUGCUCUCCUUGGUGCUAUCGGUUAUGCCCUUCUUGUUGGACUCAAGGACGCCGGACCUGCCGGUAGAUAUGUCGCUGCGUGUAUCACUGUUACUGGUGUAUUCGGACAUAUUCCUGCAAUGUUAUCAUGGUUCACAAGUAACAUUGGUGGUCAUACAAAGCGUGGUGCUGCUGUGGCAUUUAUUAUUUCUAUUGGUAACAUUGGUGGUAUUAUUGGUGGUCAAAUGUACAGAGCUGAAGAUGCACCAAAAUAUGUUAUCGGUAAUGCUGCGGCUUUAGGUCUUAUGGUUGCUGUCUUUCUCAUCUCUCUUGGUUUGAAAUACGAUUUGGAUAGAGAAAACGCUAGACGCGACAAUCUUACCGAGGAAGAAUUUAACCAAGAAGCAGAAGGCGAUGACCUCUGCGAUAAACAUCCUGCUUUCAGAUACUUGUCUUAAGUCUACGGUUGUAACUAAUUAUUACCCUACCCCCUAUACAUAUUUUCCAUCAUUAUUUUCUCUUAUCCAACACCCCCCUUGUAAAAAUAUACAAGUGAUGUAUUUUAAUAAAAAACCUAGAAUAUAUAUAUAUAUGAUUUAAUAA